GAGAUGGAAUAGAACAUUUAAAACAAUGAAUACAAUGAAUUUAAUGAUGAAAUAAAGUAGACAACAUAAAAUACUCAAAUCAAGGCUAAAGAGGUAGAUUUUAAGUUUCAGCUUGGCCGCUGGAAAAACAGUUCAUUUCUUAAUUUAAACAGGGUAGUUUCUGACACUCUUCAUUCAUACUCCUCCUAACUUCCGGCUGGGAACUCCACUUCAUGUCUAUCCAUUGAAAAAGUCCUGAGGAAACUGCGGUCUCAGAAAAGCCUUUAUGGCGCCGCCGCUCCGCCAUGUUGGCUCAAAGCCUAUAGGACCUCAGAGGAGAACCCUGGGUAACAGCUUGGCGCCGAAAUGGAGGGCCGCGGAGCAGUUUCAUAACCCCCGUGUAGGAGGAGCUUGGUGUUCUGGAAGCUCCGUGGAGAAAACCGUCCGGGCAGACGGGCGACAGUGGGAGGAAGAAAACACAAACCAACGGCUGGAAAGUGCCGCCGAGCCGAGGAGAAGGAGCCGGAGAGCGGAGCUUUUCUUAAGUGUCCGUUGGGAGACUUGUCAGUUUCACGACAGGAGGACUGUGUGCACGCAUCCCUGACAAGUGUGACCCGUGGCUGUUCGGGAUGUGAAGAGACCCGUGCAGCCCACCUGGAUCAGUCCUGUAACCCGAGCCUUAUGUACACUGCCCACCGGGUCUGUUCGGGCAUUUCAUCCUCUCUCGGCCAGUGUUAACAGCCGCCGGAGCCGUUAACGGGAGCAGCAGACACACCGGCGGAGUAGUUUACUAUAAUGUUUGCACGGUUUGCUUUUUGAGACACGGGAGUACGAUACCGGGAAGCUGUGGGAAAGGCGGGGCCGAACCGGUGGACUCCCAAACUGGAUUAUUGAGCUCUCCCUGUGCCGAUUCACCCACAGCGACGCAGCGUUUUUUUUUGGUGGGGGGGCGGGGGGUCGACGAAAGGAGGCAACAACUGGGAUUUAGAAACCUUUCUUGGGAACUCUUUACCGACUGCCCUGCAGCUGACGGUGCGAGCGGUGUGUUGUCAGGUAUUCCUGCCAAACGGUCAGCUGCUCGUGGCCUUCGUUUCCACCGUUUUUUAGGAGCGUAUUACCGGGCUUGGGACGCAUAUUUUUGGGGAUAAUUUUUCCCCAGCCGGGGUCGGACUAUGGCGGACGACGACAUUCUCUUUGAAGAUGUGUACGAGCUCUGCGAGGUCAUUGGCAAGGGUCCCUUCAGCGUGGUGAGGAGAUGCAUCAACAGAGAGACGGGGCAGCAGUUUGCUGUCAAAAUCGUGGACGUGGCUCAGUUCACCUCCAGCCCAGGACUCAGCACAGAGGAUCUGAAGAGGGAGGCCAGCAUCUGCCACAUGCUGAAACACCCCCACAUUGUGGAGCUGCUGGAGACGUACAGCUCAGAUGGGAUGCUCUACAUGGUGUUUGAGUUUAUGGAUGGAGCAGACCUGUGUUUUGAGAUUGUGAAGAGGGCGGAUGCUGGCUUUGUCUACAGCGAAGCCGUAGCCAGUCACUACAUGAGGCAGAUCCUCGAGGCGCUACGCUACUGCCACGACAACAACGUCAUCCACCGAGACGUCAAGCCUCACUGCGUGCUGCUGGCGUCCAAAGAGAACUCGGCUCCGGUGAAGCUAGGCGGGUUCGGAGUUGCCAUCCAGCUUGGAGAGUCGGGACUGGUGGCAGGAGGUCGUGUAGGCACUCCUCACUUUAUGGCCCCUGAGGUGGUGAAGAGGGAGCCCUAUGGGAAGCCGGUGGACGUGUGGGGCUGUGGAGUCAUCCUCUUCAUCCUCCUCUCAGGGUGUCUGCCUUUCUACGGCACCAAGGAGCGUCUGUUUGAAGCCAUUUGCAAGGGCAAAUACAAGAUGAAUCCGCGUCAGUGGAGCCACAUCUCAGAGAGCGCCAAGGAUCUGGUGAGGCGCAUGCUGAUGCUGGACCCUGCUGAGAGGAUCACUGUCUAUGAGGCUCUGAACCACCCCUGGCUCAAGGAGAGGGACCGGUACGCCUACAAAAUCCACCUGCCAGAGACCGUGGAGCAGCUGAGAAAGUUCAACGCCAGGAGGAAGCUCAAGGGGGCUGUGCUGGCUGCAGUGUCCAGUCACAAGUUUAACUCUUUCUACGGAGACCCCCCAGAGGAACUCCACGACUUCUCCAGUGACCCCACCUCUUCAGGCGCUGUGUCUCAGGUGUUGGACAGUCUAGAGGAGAUCCAUGCUUUGACAGACUGCAGUGAAAAGGAUCUAGAUUUCCUCCACAGUGUUUUCCAGGACCAGCAUCUACACACACUGCUCGAUCUUUAUGAUAAAAUCAACACCAAGUCGUCCCCACAGAUCAGAAACCCCCCGAGUGAUGCAGUGCAGAGAGCCAAAGAGGUACUGGAAGAGAUCUCCUGCUACCCAGAGAACCACGAAGCUAAAGAACUCAGACGGAUACUGACCCAGCCACAUUUCAUGGCCUUGUUGCAGGCCCACGACGUGGUGGCCCACGAGGUUUACAGUGACGAGGCUCUGAGGGUGACCCCUCCACCCACCUCGCCCUACCUGAACGGAGACUCCCCAGAGAGCACCAACGGAGACAUGGACCUGGAGAACGUCACCAGAGUCCGUCUGGUCCAGUUCCAGAAGAACACGGACGAGCCAAUGGGCAUCACGCUGAAGAUGAACGACUCAAACCACUGCAUCGUUGCAAGGAUAAUGCACGGAGGCAUGAUCCACAGACAAGGGACGUUGCAUGUCGGAGAUGAGAUCAGGGAGAUCAAUGGCAUCAGUGUGGCCAACCAGACUGUCGAGCAGCUGCAGAAGAUGCUGAGGGAGAUGCGAGGCAGCAUCACCUUCAAAAUAGUGCCAAGUUACCGGACGCAGGGCUCCUCGUGCGAGAAAGAGUCCCCCACCACCUCCAGGCAGUCCCCUGCCAAUGGCCACUCCAGCAUUAACAGUUCUAUCUUGGACCUGCCUUCCACCAUUCAGCCCAAGGGUCGACAGAUCUAUGUGAGGGCCCAGUUUGAAUACGACCCCUCCAAAGACGAACUCAUCCCCUGCAAGGAGGCCGGCAUUCGCUUCCGAGUGGGCGACAUCAUCCAGAUCAUCUCCAAGGACGACCACAACUGGUGGCAGGGCAAACUGGAGAACACAAAAAAUGGAACGGCGGGCCUCAUCCCGUCACCAGAGCUGCAGGAGUGGCGGGUGGCGUGUAUAGCCAUGGAGAAGACCAAGCAGGAGCAGCAGGCCAGCUGUACCUGGUUUGGCAAGAAGAAGAAGCAGUACAAAGACAAGUAUUUGGCAAAGCACAACGCAGUGUUCGACCAACUAGAUCUUGUCACAUAUGAGGAGGUUGUGAAGCUUCCUGCUUUCAAGAGGAAAACACUAGUUUUGUUAGGUGCUCAUGGAGUGGGCAGAAGACACAUCAAGAACACGCUCAUAACCAAACACCCCGACAGAUUUGCCUACCCCAUCCCACACACGACCAGACCUCCAAAGAAGGACGAGGAGAACGGGAAGAACUACUACUUUGUUUCCCACGAUCAGAUGAUGCAGGACAUCAGCAACAACGAGUACCUGGAGUACGGCAGCCACGAGGACGCCAUGUACGGGACGCGGCUGGAGACCAUACGCAAGAUCCACCAACAGGGGCUUGUAGCUAUACUGGACGUGGAGCCUCAGGCCCUGAAGGUCCUGCGGACAGCAGAGUUCGCCCCGUACGUGGUCUUUAUUGCUGCGCCAACUAUCACACCAGGCAUCAAUGAGGACGAGUCUCUUCAGCGGCUGCAGAAGGAGUCGGAGAUCCUGCAGAAGACCUACGCCCACUACUUCGACCAGACCAUCAUCAACAACGAGAUUGAUGAGACCAUCAGGCACCUGGAGGAGGCCAUCGAUCUGGUUUGCACCACCAGCCAGUGGGUUCCUGUGUCCUGGGUCUACUGACCUGCAGCCCUGACCUACACCUCCUCCUCCACCUCCUCCCUUACACUCUCUCUGCUCUUCCAUCUCUCUGCCCAGCAGCAGCAACAUCUUGGCCAAACUCUCAUCAUCCUCCCUUAACAUAAGAAUAAACAAAGACAACAAGCGAUGGGAACCCUCUCUCUACACUGCACUUGAUCGAAAACACCUUCAGCGUACUGUGAAAGCAACCACAGCAUCCGACCGAAACCCCCUCCGACGCCGCACAGACAACCUGCGGCAGCCAGUUAUCGACCUG